GGUAUUUCUACCACAACAAUUAGCAACCCUAGAAUGCCACAGUAUGGUUUAUUAGGAUACACAGGGUUGAUGGACUAUCAUUCUGACUCGGAGUACUUCCAAAAAUGUCGAUAUAUUCAUGAAGUCGAGUUGGUGAAUAUGAAACUGCAGAUGCGAAUACUUGAGACACAUCUAGAGACUAAGGAUCGCCUGAUCAGAAACCUAGAAGACAUCAUCGAUGAGCAGGAAACAAGAAUUUCACACAUGGAAGAUUUUAUCCAAGUGCUCUCAUUGGAUUUUGGCGCAUUACGUGAGGAGAACAUGAAAUUGAAAGUGGCACUGACCGAGGCACACAAAAAUAUUCGCUUAUCGCAACUGACUGAGGACGAUGAAGACUAUGAAAGUGACAUUCCGUCGAGUGAGGAUCGAUUUAGAAUCAGUCCUCGACCGAUAGGUGACGUUAAUUAUGGCGAGUUGGCGAGAAGCAUGAAAGACGACAGCAACUUGAAAAAGCUGAAAAGGCUGUCAGACGACCUUAAAAGGGAAAAGGAUGAGCUGAGACGACUGGCUAUGGAUACCAAAGAAGCUUUUUCAGUAUGCAUGGGAGAGGUGCGAAUGAUGCUCGAAUCAAAGACUGCCGACUUUUUCCGUGUUUUAAUCGGUCGCUAUUGUUCUGAGAUGCAGAAACGAAAACAACUUCACAACCAGCUGGUGGAAAUCAACGGCAACAUACGGGUGUUCUACCGAAUCCGACCACAGUUAGGGGAUGUGAAGGAAAAUCCAGCUGUGGUGAUAGACGAAAUGGACAAUGGCAUAGUUCAUCUGGCGCAUCCAAGUGGAAAAAAGACCAGCGAAGGAGCCGACUUUGUGAUUCCAAUGAAUUACACGCAAGAGCAGAUAUUCGAGAAAGUGUCUCCGAUUAUCACAAGCUGUAUAGACGGAUAUAAUGUCUGCCUCUUCGCUUAUGGUCAUACUGGAAGUGGCAAGACUUAUACUAUGGAGGGCCCCGAGGACGAUCCAGGAAUCAACCAGCGCGCUAUCAUGCAGCUUUUUGAAGCUGCUGACGGAAGAAAUACGGACAUGGAGUACGAAAUCAAAAUCUCUAUGAUGGAAAUUUACAAUGAGAAGAUAAAAGAUCUUCUGGGAACGUCAAGCACACAGCUGGCAAUCAGAUUAGGCGAAGACGGUCAUCUGUCCAUUCCUGGUUUGCGAGAAGUUUGUGUCAAAUCGGUUGACCAUGUCGUAGAGGUCCUAGCGGAGGGGAAGAAGAACAAGGCGGUCGCGGCAACAGAAGCCAAUGUCUGUUCUAGCCGAUCUCAUGUAAUCGUUCGUGUCAUUCUGACAGCUAAGAAUAGAAUUACUGGUACUACGUCCGUCGGACGCCUAAAUCUUGUCGACUUGGCCGGUUCUGAACGAGUAUCGCAAACUAACGCCACUGGGCUACUUCUAAAGGAAGCACAGGCCAUCAACAAAUCAUUAUCUGAACUCGGCAAUGUUGUGCUCGCAUUGAGGCAGAAUCAGAAACAUAUCCCAUUCCGAAACUGCCAGCUUACGCGUAUCUUAGAGGAUAGCUUAAAUGGUGACAGUAAGACUCUGGUCAUUGUGCAUCUCUCACCGGACGCAGCACACUGUAAUGAAAGCGCCAGCAGUAUCAGUUUUGCUGAGAAGAUCGGUCAUGUGCAAACAAAACUGCGACGAGAUACUCCCGUUAGGAAAAGUGGAACAAGCGGAAGGAGAUCUGCUAUGGACAAACUUGCAUCACCAAGAAAAUAAUUAUUCUGAUUUCUUACCAUUUAUUAUUCUUUUACCAUUUCCUCCUCCUUUCUUUCUUCCUAGUUAACUUGAUCCUCACUGCCUAUUGUGCUUGUGAUCUAUGUAUGUCUCAUGUCUCUUAUCACUCCUAAAUCUCCAUUUCAGCAUAUGUCAAAUACCGGUAAUAACAGUGCACUAGACGCGCACGUGGUCAAUAAAGUG